UUUUUUUCAUAUAAUUCUUACCGAAAAUAUUACAACGGUAUCGCGAGAUGGUGGAAUUUUUUUCUCGUUAUCAAUUUUCCUUGUUUUUUCUCCCGUCGAUUCUGUGCGGUGAAAUAUUUGCUAAUUUCAACGGUUCUGCGACGAGUACAAUGAAAAAAAAUGAAAAAAAAAAAAAAACGGUACACACUACCGAGCGAACAAUCUUAAUUGUAGUAACAAUUUACAACUCAGUUCACGUUUUAUUCAGAUAAUAUAAUGACAGCUGUUUGUUUUUUCGCGUUGUUUAUUUUUGCGGUUUCAAGAUUGCGUGAACAUCGUUAAGUGUAGUGCGGUAUUAUUCACGAGAUGGUUUUUUUUUUUCCUCUCUUCCCGUUUACUAAUCAUCGCAUGUCGAUCUAAUUAACCGAACACUGGAUUAAGAUCAAUGUAAUCAUCGUGUUGUAACUAUUAAUUGUAAUCAUGGGAUGAGAUCGUUACGGAUGAAAGUCAUUAUGACUAGGAAACGAAGUCAAGCGGAGACGAGGGACACAGAGUAUGGAACCGUAAAAUAUGAGGAAUCCGAUCCGUCCGGUUGGAAAUUUUGGAAAAAACGACGUUACAUCGUAGGAAUAUUGGCGUUUUUUGGAUUUUUCACCAGCUAUAUUCUUCGAGUAAAUUUGAGCGUCGCUAUCGUCGCCAUGACAACGAAUUAUACGAAGACAGAUUCCGAGGGAAACCUUUACUACGAGCGAGAAUUCGACUGGGAUUCGAAAUUGCAAGGUUGGAUUCUGAGCUCAUUUUUUUACGGCUACAUAACGACGCAAUUAUUCGGCGGAUGGUUGGCAGCUAAAAUAGGAGGUAAAAGAGUCUUUGGAUUGGGUAUAGCGACCACCGCUCUUUUCACCCUCAUCACUCCACCCCUGGUGCGAAUAAAUGUCUACAUCUUGAUAGCGCUUCGAGUAAUCGAAGGAAUUUUCGAGGGCGUCACGUAUCCUUGCGUGCAUGCGAUUUGGGCAAACUGGGCGCCGCCUCUGGAGCGUUCGAAAUUGGCCACGUUGGCGUUUUCGGGGAGCUUUUUCGGGACCGUCGUUGCCAUGCCGAUUUGCGGAAUAAUGGCCGAUCGGCUGGGUUGGGCGUCGAUCUUCUACACAUUCGGAGCGAUCGGUCUAUUGUGGUACGCGAUUUGGUCGUACGUCGUUACCGAUAAGCCCGAAGACGAUCCUCACAUUUCAGAGGCCGAACUCAGGUACAUAAAAAGCUCUCUAGAGGAAACGAACGACGAGGAAAUCGUUCAUCCCUGGAAAGAAAUCGUUACCUCGAUGCCCGUAUGGGCAAUCGUUGCCGCCCAUUUUAGCGAAAAUUGGGGAUUCUACACGAUGCUCACUCAGCUACCGACCUUCUUGUCGGACACCCAGAAUUUUAAAUUAGAAAAGGCCGGAUUCAUGUCCGCUCUUCCCUACCUGGCGAUGGCAAUCAUGAUUUCCGGUGGCGGUUAUUUUGCCGAUUAUUUAAGGGAGAGAAAAAUAUUGACCACCACGCAGGUACGAAAGGUGUUCAACUGCGGGGGAUUCAUCAGUCAGACGAUUUUCAUGAUGUGCGCAGCGUUCAUCAUGACCCCAUUCGCCGUGAUCGCUUGCAUAACAGUCGCGAUUGGACUCGGAGGUUUCUCUUGGGUCGGCUUCAGCGUCAAUCACUUGGACAUAGCGCCGAGACACGCGAGUAUCCUCAUGGGCUUUGGAAACACGAUCGCCACCGUGCCGGGAAUCGUUAGUCCGAUACUGACCGGAUACAUUGUACAAAAUAAGACCGCCGCCGAGUGGAGAGUCGUCUUCAUAAUAGCCGCAUCGAUUUAUCUGGGGGGUGCGAUUAUCUACGGGGUGUUCGCUUCGGGUGAAUUGCAGCCUUGGGCUGUUAAUCCGAAAACGAAGAAAGGAAACUCGUACGAUAACGCUGGGUUGGAAGUCGAUACCUUCACGAAGUGACGGGGGACGUCGGAAAAUCGAAACGAAUUAUGCGAAAUUCGAACAAAUUAUCAUAUCGUUACCAGUGUUGGACGUGAAGUACCGUUCUAAUUUUUUUAUUCUCUUUUUUUUAUAAUUUUCACUCGUCUGAAACGAACCAAUGUUCCUCCCGUUGUUCCUCGGACUCGCACGAGUCGCGAUAAUCGUUGAAGACUUUCAGCACGUCCGUUGAGGGGUUAAAGAUGUGUAACGAAAAAGUGAGAUUAUUCGUCGCUCAAAUUUUUUGUGUUUGUUUGUUUUUUUUUUUUCUUUUUUUUUUACCACUAAAAUAUUCGCCGCCCGGUCGAAUUUCGAAGGGAAUGUUUUGAAAUAAAGUAUUUAAUUUUGUUAUA